CGGAGCCGGAAGGAUUCGGGGCGUUCCGGGGUGGUUUUGUAGAGCCGGCCAGUCCUCGCCGAAGGAGGUGUCGGUGUCGGUGUCGGUGUCGGUGCGCGGCGGGCGGCGGAGAUCCGGGGAAAAGCGAGGCUGGGCACGCAUUCAGAAUGGCUUCUCCAGCUCUCCUCAUGCGUGUGGUGGCCUCGGCAUAUUCUGUUGCAGAAAAAGCUGCAACAAUUGUUAGAAAUGUGAUGUCUGCAGGAGAUCUGGGCAUAGUGGAGAAGGCUGGACCCAAUGACUUGCAGACCAAAGCUGACCGACUGGUACAAAUGAGCAUUUGUGCUUCCCUGGCACGGAAGUUUCCCAAGGUGACAAUCAUAGGAGAAGAAGAACUGCCCACUGAUGAUGUAACUGAGGAUUUAAUUGAAGAUGGUCACUGUGAAGAAAUACUGAAGAAACCUUGCCCUGCUCAGUACACAGGAAUUAAAGAGGAAGAGCUUGUAAUAUGGGUUGAUCCCUUGGAUGGAACCAAGGAGUACACUGAAGGUCUCCUUGACCACGUAACGGUUCUUAUUGGAAUUGCCUAUGGAGGCAAAGCAAUAGCAGGAGUUAUUAACCAGCCAUAUUACAACUAUGAGGCAGGAGCUAAUGCAGUGCUGGGCAGGACAAUCUGGGGAGUGCUGGGCAUGGGUGCCUUUGGCUUUCAGCUGACAGAAGCACCUGCUGGCAAACACAUCGUCGUUACCACCCGCUCCCACAGCAGCGCCCUGGUGAACGAGUGCAUCGCUGCCUUGAACCCAGACCAUGUCAUCAGAGUUGGAGGAGCAGGAAACAAGGUCAUUCAACUCAUAGAAGGCAAAGCAUCUGCUUAUGUAUUUGCCAGUCCUGGGUGCAAGAAGUGGGAUACAUGUGCACCUGAAGCUAUCCUACAUGCUGUGGGAGGCAAGUUAACUGAUAUCCGUGGAAAUUCAUUUCAGUAUAACAAGGAGGUGAAACACAUGAAUUCAGCUGGGGUCCUUGCCACUUUGAGAAAUUAUGACUACUAUGCCAGUCGUAUUCCAAACACUGUGAAAGAAUCUCUUGUGCCUUAAAGCAGGGAAGAGUCUUCAUUUGGCCUGGAAGGCUGAGAAAAUGAGCUUGGAAAAAAAGACAGGAAGAAGAUGACUGAGCUUGAAAUUCUGUUUCAUAGAAUCUGAACUGAAUUCUUUCAGUAAGGUGUUCAGUAAUUUCAGAAUUUUACAGAAUCUCUAAGCAUCUGUUGGAUCAGAUUGUUUGGCUGUGUUGAGCAUACAACGUCAAAGCAGUCACAUUUCUUCAGUAAUUAUUUUCUAUAUUCUUUGGGAGUUUUCCUUCCUCAUGACUGUGUGUAAUAUACUGUUAAUCAUAACACUGCAGACCAAAAAGCAUCUUCAUAUUCCGGUCACAAAAUCGUGUUAAGUCAUGUACCUGAUUUUGCUCACUGGUUUUUGUUGUCAUUAAGGGUUAUUGCGUUAAUUACAAAGGGACUAAGGAUUUGCCUGGAUGGAUGAGCCCAUUUAUUAUAAAGUUGCAAGUUUUGAUUCUUAGAGGGGCAUCUGAAUGUUUUUUGGUCUGCACUGAGUUUUGGGAUGGCCAAGACUACUAUUUGUUGGGUUGUCUGAGUUUUGCAGGAGGCAGGACACAAUGCACCCGGGCCUGGAAAUCUCAAAUGAGGGUUCAUGGAUCCCUGGAUUCAUUGAGGAUCAGUGAAAUGUACAUUCAGCAAGGUUCAGGACAGCUCAGUUGGGAACUCAAAGAAGCAUGGCAGAGGCAGGAGCUCCUAGCAUCUCUACGAUGAUUUGAAAUGCUUUUGUUAGGGUUUAUGCCACUGCAAUCUUGGAGCACUUUGGACAUCCAAAGUCAAGGUCACUUUGGCAUGCUUGGGAAUAACAGAAAUGCCAGACCUUGAAAUUUUCCAUGUCCAAAUUCUGAAAUAAACCAGGUGCCUUUCCAACAGCCCCAGAGUUAAGGAAGUUGACAGUAC